AUGGCGCAGACUGACUAUCCAAAAUCAUGGGCUGAAUUCAAAGAACAUUCUACUUAUUGGAGGAAAAAGGUCAAGAAGUUGUUUGGCGAUGGUUUGAGCCACAUAAAGUAUUUGCCAAAGUUACGCGUUAACGGUGAAGACAAGUACAAUGUUAUAUUGGCUAUGGGUUCUGUCAACACGUCCGGUUCAGCGCUUAAUACCAUUGUUUACGGUGAAUUGUACAAACACGAAAAAAUUCUACUUGAACCGUUGCUGUUGGCCGACAACUUUGGACCUUCCACCGACGGUCGACCAUCGGCCGAACUUCAGAUGCAUUAUGAACGGAUGAGAGGACAAGUUGGGAACGGAGUCACAAACUUUGAUGUUGACAUGGCUUCUGGAAAAGUGUUCGUUUCAACAGCUUCGAAAUUGUACAAAUAUGAAGUAAGUUCUCAUUAUCGUAGUAGCAUAGUUUAGGGAGGACAACUAACCCAAUUGUGUGGAUGGACUGACGUUGAGCCAUUAAAUUUUCAAUACGCUCCUAUAGAUUCCCGAUAUGUUGCAUUUACUUCUCAUGGCAGAUUCUUCAUUGAUAGGUAUGUUGCAUCUCUAUAAAUUAACAUAUAUUUUAAGAGAUGGAGAACACGCAUUUAGUACCCCUGAAGAAGGCGAUAGCUUUAUAUCUAGGGGUACGCCAUCUUUUGUUGUUCAAGAAGAGUUAGAACGAGACAAGGGAUUCUGGUGGAAUCCACGAGAAAUUCAACUAGUCUACGAGAAGGUCGAUGAAGAAAAUGUGACGACCUUAAACUUUGCUGUCCCGGGUAAAGCGCCAUCUAGUCCAAUGAGGUAUCCUCGCGUGGGUCAGCCCAACCCUCGAUCAGCGUUACAUUUAGUCACGUUAGAUAAAAGAACGGGUACGUUCGAGGACAAUCCUUUAUUGGUGGCUUUGGACGAUAUUGUGUCAUGUGCUGAGUACUUGUCAAGAGUCAAUUGGGAUGCCGAAGGCAAGAUGUACGUUAGUUUGUUUAUUAUAUAUAUGCUUUUUUAGGAUAUACUUGAGCCUUUUGAAUCGCUUUCAAAAGAAGUUGACUGUAGUAGGAUUGGGUAGAGAGUGCUUUUCGUCUACUAAUAACAUUGAUAACUUGCUAUUAUUUAUUGUCAGAGAAGAGGAAUCACCAGUAUGGGUUAACGUAAGCUUAAAAUUUGUUUUGGGGAAGUUCUAUGUUAGUUUAGAGUCAAAUAAAGUUAUUUUAGCACAACAAUUUAACCUAUGUCUUGCCGUUCCAAGAUCCAAAAGCUGUGUUAAUGAUAUAUGGAUCUGAGAAGGAUGAUAAAUGUCAUCUUUACUAUUCUGAAAACGUGAUCGAUGGUAAGUUAUGGCAUCUUCUAAAGUUAUUGUUUAGGAGAGAGCUCUACUAUGCGUGACAGACGUAUUACAAGUGGCAAAUGGACUGUAGUCAAGGACGUGCCUGUUGUUGUUGACGUUAAAAGAAUGCAGAUAUACUUCUUAGCUACUUAUUCUUCUGUUUUUCGGAAUCAGUUGUAAGGUUUGCUGCUUUAAUGAUAAAACAAGUUUUGUAUGUUAAUAUUUGGAUGAAAUAGGAUUAAUUAACAACAGCUUUACAGUAUGUUUUAGAUGUGUCUGUAAAGUGCAGAAGAAUGCGGAACCAAAGCCACUUACUCCACCUGAUUUGUGCUACAAGUAAGUUAAUAUUCGAUGUUAAUGGAGAGUUUAGGUACGACCGUUGUGACACAGAGUUGUCUUUAUGGCCAGAUAUUGGUUUUGUUUGUUGGCUGAGUAACGUGUCCAAAACUCCUGAGUGCAGAUUCUAUGAACUGAUGCACCCUCAAGACGGCGGAUUGCCUUCAGCUGUUAUGAGACACACAUUCUCCAUCGAUCACCCGACCUCUCCGAACAGUAGCAAUGUAUCUGAUGACUGUCUCAACCCAAUGUCACCAUCUGCCAUGUCAAUUGAUCGCCCAAUUUCACCUCCGAUCAACCAACUCUACCAUCACGAGUUCUCCAAAACUAAACUGCCUUGUGGAGAGACAGCUUUCAGUCUUGUCUUUACACCAGCCAACUCUCCAGGGCCAUUUCCUGUGGUACAUUAUGUUUAUGCGGGUCCAGGGUUACAGAUUGUGAAAGACAGCUGGUUAACGUAAGUUUGGUGUACCAUAAUUUUUGUAAUUGUUUCAGAGUUUCACAGUUUUUGAAGUUUGUCGCCGCUGGGUAUGCUGUGGUUCUGAUUGACGGUAGAGGGUCUUCAAACAGAGGAAUCAAGUUUGAAAGUUAUAUCAAGAGCCAACUCGUAAGUUUAGUAUUCUCAGUUUCACAAUUUAUGCUUAAACAAAGUGUAUAAUAGUUUUAAAAUUUUCUUUUUCAGGGAGAAACAGAAGUUGCUGACCAAGUUUUUGUCCUCAAAAAGUUGGCUCUGAGGAACACGUUCUUGGAUAUGAACCGGGUUGUGGUUACGGGUUGGUCGUACGGUGGAUACAUGGCCUUACGGAUGCUAGCGCUACAUCCAGAUGUAUACAAAUGUGCCUGCGCCGGUGGUGCUGUAGUAGAUUGGAAGCUAUAUGACACUUGUUACACCGAACGAUACAUGGAGUUUGACUAUGACUCCAAGUACUGGAACGCCAAUAUUAUGUCUAUCUCGGACAAGCUACCAGAAGAGUAGGUUUCUAACCAAAGAAUCGAUGCUUUUACUUUCUUUCCAUUGUAAUACGUUAUUUUAGGCCAAACCGUCUUUUAAUUGUCCACGGGUUAAUCGAUGAAAACGUACAUUUUGCUCACACUGAAAAACUUAUUCAACUUCUGAUUGCCGCAGGAAAACCUCAUCAACUACUCGUAAGUCGAUGUCGCCUCUGUUUGUAGUGAUAACUGUUUUCAGCUAUUCCCGAACGAAAGACACGGAGUAAGGAAAGCCGAUGCUGUAGAAUACCUCCAUUCAAACAUGUUAAACUUCUUCCACAAUGCCUUGUGUUUAGUCUAA